GAGAUUGUGUAAACUCGUAGUGCGUGAGAUGUUGUGUUCACCGCUCGUGCUGUUGGCUCAUGGUUGAGACACUGGGCUCACACGUGGUGGCCAUCAUAGCCUGUGGUGGUCACUCGUGCGUCUGUGCUGCACGAUACCGCGGGUUGACUCCACGUGUCACCGCGUGCUACGGGAUACGCGCUGCAACCAGAGGGUCCGAGACAUCUUGAGACAAUUGUCUUAUCGUCUGAGUCGCAUGGCCACAGUGGCACUGCUGUGGCUUGGCUGUGACUGUCCACUGAUGAAGGAGCAGCAUCGGGCUGCUGACGUUCUGAUGGGGCUGAUGGUUGCACCACGAGGGAUGUGGAGGCCAGAAGGCUUUGCGAUGUUUGAGUCUUCAGGGCCCGGGACUUGCUGUAACUGCACGCGGCUCGAUCAUCAGCAGCGCUGGCUCGCGCUUGUGCAUUGACGGGAAGGCGAGGCAAGAUUCAUGUGUCUAGCAAGCGGGCAGGCGAGUGGACAUCACACAGAACUGCUGCUGCUGCUGCUACGUGUGUGGACACGGCUGAGCGUGGUGUUUUGUGUUCGUAUUGGGGCAGGCGCGCAUGGGAGUUGACGGAAGACGCCGUGAAGACGGUGUCUCGGCUCUCGGCGUUUGGGCCGAUUGGCCUUCAUCCGCGCGAUGUCUUGGGCUGAACAGCUGACGGCUUGGGUCCACCAGCUGGUGGUGUGCGGCCUUCAGGAAGCCGUUCGGUGUCGUGGGGUUCCCUUUGCUGUAGCGGAGUAGAAAGGAAUAGCUCAACGUUUCGGCCGACCGGCUUAUAUCAGCAAGGAUUUGGUUGCAGUUUGGAGGAGUAGGCCAAACUAGCCUCAAGGUAGAGGAGCUCCCUAGAGCUCCAUCCAGUGGAGGCCCUUCCACCAGCAGUGGAAUGAGCAAGUCAUUGCAGGGCUGCACCUUUACUUUUUAUUGCGUGGGUGGGUGGAAGUCCUCUGCACUGGUACUGUGAGUAAAGGCAGGUUCUGGACGUUUCGGGUGCCUCGCCUUAUGCAGGAAUCUUUGGGGUCUCGAGUGUGUAUGCGCACGUUGAGAGCGUUAGGGUAGAGUCGUUAGCUCGCUCCGCUACGACCCCGGCCACCCGAGUUCUAUUCCCAGCCGACACCAGUGACAAGUAUCUGAACCGGUCCUGGGCCUCCCCUAGGUCGACUCGGCCUCAAAUGAGUACCUGGUGCGGUGUGUAAGCAUCGCCGCUAUGGAGAGACAAAGGCGGCCGGGUGGUUGCUGGCCACCCACCCCCUUCGUGUGCUGUGCCGGCCUUCAUAGCUGCUAUUCGCUAACAGCACUUGCCCCAACAGUCUGUAAAAGGCUAUCCGGGGGAUCUUUGUCUUUGUUUUGUAGAGGGGUGGUGAUCACUGCUUGGCCAUGGACGCGCGCAAGGCCGUGAGCAAGCCGAGCUCUGGCUCGCUCGUCUAUUACUACGACAUUCUGGCCAUGCUGCUCAUUUACGUGCUGUGGUUGGCAGCGGUCAUUCUCCUCUUCUAGCACCACCAUGCAGCACCACCGCGGAAUGGCAGCCACCACCACCAGCAGCAGUCCUUGGUCCACCAGUGGAUUGAUUGACACAGCGGCUGUCAACGAGGAGGACACCAGUGGGAGGGAGGUGUGCAGCGGCAUCCCGAUACGGUCGCCGAACGAGGAACGUCUCCGAGGUGCGAUCAAGCCAAGGCAUGAAGCUCUACGGAGAGAAGAUGUGUCGAAGAGUCGGAUGCGGCACGGCCUGCCCCUGCUGUGGUUCCUGCUGGUGCUGCCGCCGUCGCUGCCCUGGAGCCGGCUGCACACACCCUGGCUGGCCGCCGCGCACUGCCUGGCGUGCGCGUGCCCGCCGCUCGGCAGCGUCUUCUACCACCUCUUCAUGAACCACACGGGGGGCCCGGCCGUCUACCGGCGCCUGCUCUGCCUCGACAUGUGCGGCAUCUGCGCCAUCACGUCACUUGGAGCGCUCUCCAUCAUCUACUGCUCCUUUCUGUGCCGCCCCGUGCUGCAGACGCUCGGCAUGCUGGGAUACUCGGCGUUGUCACUGAUCGCCCUGCACCGGGCCGUGUCGGCCUCCACCAACAACGCGCGCCUGCGAGCGUUCGGCUGGCAGGCCGCCUUCCGCAUGGCCUGCUACACAUGCCGCUGGGCCGGCCUGGCCACCACCUCGCUCGGAGCGGUGGCCGGGCUGGCGUCAUCCCGCGAUUCCGGCGCCACCGCCAGCGCCGCCGUGGCCGACCCGUCCCUGCGCCACUACGUGCUCAUGGACCUCAUGGCGUUGGCUGGCGGCGCCAUUAACGUGAGCCGCGUGCCGGAGCGCUGGCUGCCCGGGCGCUUUGACUACUGGCUCAACUCUCACCAGAUCAUGCACGUCAUGGUGGUGCUCAGCAUCCUGCACCUGCACUGGGGCGUCGUGCCUGACCUGCUGCGCGCCAGCGACAUGACCUGCCCCUCCUGACGCACGGUGCUCCCUUGGUCCGCCUUUUUAAAAGCAAAAAAACAAAAACAACCAAUUUGUACUUUGUUGUUGUGUUGAUGCACUAGACUCCCGGUUACCAGCAACCAACGGCGUGCGCUCGUGCGAUCAGAGGCAGUUUAUUUAUUUGCUUGUCGACUAAAUAACUCAGAACGCCACCCCCCCCCCCCCCCCCCCCCCCCCCGUUGUCAUCAGAACUCGGAAGCUAAGUAGGGUAGAGCCCGGACGGUGCGCUUGUGUGGGCGACCGCCAUGAUUGCAUGGGCAGCGGCGGCUGCUGCAGCUGUAGCUUCUGCCGCUGCUGCUGUAAUUGCUGUAGCUGCCACUAGCUGCUGCCACUGUAGCUGCUGUAACUGCUGCUGUAGCUGCCACUAUGGCUGCUGUACAUGCCACUGUAGCAGCUGCUGCCGCUGUAGCUGCUGCUGUCAGUCUACGUGGUCAGCAGCAAAGAGCAGAACCGCAAAAUCCAUUGCUGCGCUGCUCUUCUGCGCUGCUGCUCCGGCGACGUCUGCGCUAUCCGCCGUCACCAACCCGCACCGACCAAGUGGCGGAAGUACGGCCAGACAGUCUCCGCGGCCCAUGCAACGGUGAAUUGACAAGAGCGCUGCACUCGCCCCCGUUGGGUUUUGCAGGGCCGCUGGGUGUCGGUAAAAACUUUUCUUGUGAUUGGCCGCGGAGAAACAAAACGCAGCCGUCGGAGGUAACCCCACCGCCGCUUCCACGGAUCGCAGCGCGGCACGAUCGGCUCGGGGGUGGGGGGGGGGGCCUGGCGCGGGGGGCGCAUCGCGGAGCCCCACCUCCAUCCAAGUUCCUCUUCCCAGCCAGCCCCCUGCGGUGGCCAGUGGGCGCUGGUGCAGCCACACCGCCUGCGCCGCUGGACGACUCGCCGUGCGUGCGGCCACGCGGGUGUGCGGCCGGGGUGGUGCUUUUGGGAGUCUGACAGCGGUUAUUUUUUCUACACCGCGCGAACAUUCGUUUUUACCCCCUUUUUGCAUCAUUUUUCUACAAUGCCGUGUCGCAGCUGGAAUGAACACGUCGCGCGCUUUUGAACAAGGGGGAUUAUUUCUUCGUAUACGUGUUGGGCAGUUUGUGCCGAGGGUUCCAUCUCUUGAGCUCGUGCAAUCCGCCGCGGAAGUAUGACUCAAGGAGUGCGUGUUUUAGACGUUGCGUCGUACGAUGGUUCAACGCCUCCUCGUGGAGGUCCCCCAACCCGGUGUGCGAUGUUCAGAAUUGGAAUCUUUAUUUCGGCUGGAAGAAUCCGAUGAGCUCUAGAACUCUUAUUCCACAGGUGCCCAGGAGGGGCACGGGGUGAGAAAGGUACAACAACAACAACACGAUGCCGGCGGCGUGAUGGCGAGCCAGCGCGCUGGAUAUGCGAUCCACAGGCUACCGGUUUGAUUCCAUCUCCCCCUCGUGGGGGCUCCUUCCACAAGCGGUGGCGUGAGCAGGAAAUUGCAGGGCUGCGUUUUUUUUUUGUCCUCGACCACGGUGUGUGUCAAAGGACUUCCAAGAGAAACAAUUGGAAUAAAAUGUUGGGUUAUUUACUUUUAUCGCGGACAUUAAAGCAAAGCGUGAUAAUUAUAGGGUCGACUGUAGUAGCCAUGCAGAUUGUUGCCGUCGCGAUGUCCAAUUCGGCCACCGCUAAACAUUGCAACCUUUAGCCACGAGAGAAUCUUCACGGAGUCGAAACUGCUUUCAGGAAUACCUUUAGCUUGAGAUGUUUGACGAUUUUUUUUACAUUAAAAUCGUAGCAUGAAACCAUAUUGUUUGGCGUAAACCCACGAACGUUUAUUAUGUGUGGUAUGUCGCAGUUUGAUUUAGAAUUCAGAAAUUAGCCAUUCUAUCAUUCGCUAUCGUGGCUUCACCGAAAUGAUGCAAUGGAUUUAGAACAUUUGACAACAUCUCAACAAAGCAAAUAAUGUGAAAGGUUAGUUAACACGCUCCCAAUUGUAGUUGCAAUGAAGGAGAUGUUUUGAUAUAUUAUUGUUCUUGCAGUAUUCUCAAAUUGUAAAACCACAAACAGCGGGAGAUUGAAUACGCCCUUUCCACUGACACAUCCAAACCGAGACGGCAUGAUACCACGGGUUGGUUUCCACCGGCUAUUUUCCCUGUCGUGCCGGAAACAAAAACCCUGACACCCCGGCCUCACCCGACGUCGCAAUCUGGCUCGGGGCCAAGCAGGGCCAGGGAUGGAGGUUGAUGACACUUAGUGCCUGUGAGGUAAUUCGGUACGGAACUCGGACGCGGUGUGACCGCAUCGUCGACCUGCGUCGAGACAUUGUGCGCGCGUGGCCAUCGGCGGCACAGCUCGGGGUUCCGCAGUGGAAAAACAACGUGGGGCUUCCCCAAGCUGGGGCCGGCUCGGUACAGCUUGGUUGUACAGUGGAAAAGCAGUCCAAUAGAAUUCCAGCAUACAGCCGACGGUGCUUCAACAAGCUACACGACGCGUGCUUCUUGUGGUCUCUACACUUUUGUUCGUUGUAUUUUAAUUUCCCCGUGGAGUUGAUGGAAUUUGUUUUAAUCGGCCUCCCAGUGAUUGUGAACGCGUUCCACAAAACCCGUCAAAAGGUUGGGGAGCCGCUUGCUCCAGGGGCUGAAUCGGACCUUCAGAGACCCCUUCUGGCAGGGAGCCACAACGAGACAUGCCACACCUCGGUCGCGUCCGUCACUGCAAGGAGGCCCCCUGCAGUGACAUCCAGAGACUGGAAAUGCUCAUAGUGCCAGUCCAAAAAUACCCCCCCCCCCCUUCUGGUGACAGAUUAGCACGGCUGAAAUGAUUGCGGUGACGGAAAAAUAUCGUUGGCAGGCUGUUUGGAAGCGGUCGGCCCUAUGUGGCCGCGGUCCGCAUGGUAUAAAUCGACGGUUGGAGGGCCUUGUUGGGCGCCUUACGUGGGGGGCCUUGCAGGGGCCUUGCGUUCCCCUCCGCUGCUCUGUGGGGCAGAGCAGUGUUUUGCAAUAUAUGCGUGCGCUGUGAACGUGGAUUUGUCUUGAAAUUGAAUAGAAAAAUAAUAACGCUUUCAUUUUACACAGCGUCCUUCGUGCUAAAAGCAUCCCAUAACGCCGUACAUUAAUUAUAUAUGAGGACCAAAUCCCACGUACAGCCACUAACAAGCAAAUGAAACACAAGGAAAUUUAAAAAAACGAAUAAAGGAGUGGCACCAAAACAAAAGCAACACGAACAACAAUUAAGUGAUCAACAACAGAGAAUUGAGUCCACGAGGUCUGCGACUACGACCACACAUCCCAGUCCACAGUCCCAACUUCCCAACCAAGCCAGGAACCCCUCACAGGAGGUUACGGCUCAUUAAUCCAAUCUCUCAAAUGUCCACAAAGCGAUUACCGAUUUUUCAGCGGUAUGCCCCGGAUGAAUAAAAAAGGGCAUCCAGUUCGGAGUUGAA